ACUUCUAUAUAUAUACCCAUCGUCAACAGCUAGGGUACAAAAGGGCCCCAAAUUCUCUCCGCUAAAAAUUCUUCCCUUCAACAAACGUUAAAACCAGAACAACAAACCACAAUUAAUUAAUCGCUAAGACGUAGCCACCGAUCGAGUUUUGUUUCAUAUUUCCACAGAUCUCAGAAAAUGGCGACGUUUGAGCUUUACAGAAGAUCAACGAUCGGUAUGUGCUUGACGGAGACCCUGGAUGAGAUGGUUCAAAGUGGUACUCUCAGCCCAGAGCUAGCUAUCCAGGUUCUUGUUCAGUUUGACAAGUCUAUGACUGAAGCUUUGGAAAGUCAAGUUAAGAGCAAAGUUACCAUUAAGGGACAUUUGCACACCUACAGAUUCUGCGACAAUGUUUGGACUUUCAUUCUACAGGAUGCAGUGUUUAAGAAUGAAGAUUCAGUGGAGAAUGUUGGUCGGGUUAAAAUAGUGGCUUGUGACUCAAAGCUACUCACGCAAUGAAGUUUUAGGAAUCCAUUUGUCUUGUGGUAGUAGAGGUGGAUGGCAGCAAGGAAGAAACCUGAGUUUUAGCUACCAUGGAAGAUUGAAUAUAAGUUAUAUAGCUAUCAGCCUUCGUAACUAUUUUUAUUUGAUGAUAUCAUGAUACAUUUGAUGAUGGUGCAUCCAGUGAUCAAUGUAGGAUGAUUAAUGUUAUCCUUCUUUGUUCAUUUUAUUCCUUGUCUUGAGAACAUGAAACACUUAUGGAGAUGGACACAACUUAGUGAUAAAAUCUUGAAACCCACGAAUUAUACAA